GUGAAAUAUGUUCGAGUUAUUCUGCCUUCACACCCACUCCCUCGUGACUUUCCUGUUGGUGGUACCUUCAUCUGUAAUGGCAUCUAGAAAGAGCCUGGGUCUCAAACGGUACCUGCUGUGGUUGGAAAUGCUAACCUGAAGGACACCUGCACACCCUGGGCAGCUAUUGCUCUGGUGUUUAAUCCUCUUGACUCCUUUGAACCCUGUGUGGCAGACCAUACUCACGUGCUGAAGCGGCUGCAGGAGAGGCUACUGCACCAACUGGUAGAAACAAGGGUUUUCUAAAAAUAGGAAUGACUGAAUGCACGAUAGAAAAAGACAGAAGAACUGCAAGACCUUGGCUAAAGAUUUUCUUGUUCCGUUUUUACCCGACCUCUGGUGCCAGCAUGAACUUGUGGAUUUGCAGAGAUCUCUCUUUUUUGCCAUGUCAUCCGACAGCCACCAGCUCCACACCCAUUCCUACCAGGACUCACAAAGUUCUUGUCACAGUCUCCUGAAUGUCAACAGUCACCCCCUGUCCAAGAGCUCCUCAAAUCUGGCCUGUAUUGGGCACUCAAGGAGUUUAGAGGAAAAGCAAAACAAACAGGAGCUGAAGAAAAGCCACAGUAGUACCAUCUGCCAUAUCCUGGAAAACAGGAGUGAUGCAAGGAGCGUGCAGAGUUCUGGAUGGUCCUCCUCGCAGCCUGGGACGAUGGGACUUGGAUCAGAAGUCCAAACCAUAAAUGACCGGUCAGCCAAUGACCAUUCAGAGGGCAGAACUAAGAAUACAAACCAUGUUCUUGUCACUGAACAGUCCUCAGCAUCCUGGGGAGUGGGGGACACUAAGAUGCGUGUACAGAGCAGCACUGUGGAGAAUGUUUCUUCAGCCUGCUUUGUUCACCAGCAAGGCAUGUAUAAAAUGGAAGAAUCAGGAGCUGCCCUUCAGAGAAGCCACUCAGACCUAACCUGCAGCUGCAAACAGCAGACUUAUGUCACUCACGUAGAAACCAGUGCUACUCACUCCAGCCUAAGCUCUUCUGGCUGCAGGCAUGAUCCACCAGUGGCUAGGAUGUCUUCCCAAACUCAGAGAUAUGGAUCAGAAACAAAUGAAAAUACAGCUCACUAUCAAAACCUUGUGGCUCAUCUUCCUAGAGACCAACAAGUACCCACAAAUACCUUUGACAGUGGCAGUAUUCCACGUAACACUACUGUUUACACAGAUCCUGGCACGUUUCACGUUGCUGUUCUAGGACCCCAUGUGCCUGGAAAUAGUUUCCCAAACAGGACAAUGUUCAGUCAAGCCCCUGGGGUUAUUCAUGGUGGUCUAGCUUACGGUAAUAUUCCAAACUCCGCGUACUCCCCCAUGGUGAUGACGGUUCACAACAACUCUGCGGGGCCCUGCAGUCUCAGGCAGGAUGCCUUGAAGGCAGACGCCACCAUCCCGGCCUAUUGCCACUCCUUGCCCAUCCCAUCCAUCCAGCUCAUCCCGCAGUUGCUGUGCUCUGUCAGCGAGACAGAAAAAGAGCAGGCAGCCCCUGGCUACUUCCAUUCCUUUUCUGCUUCAGACAUUCUGACAUAUCCUAAGCUGGUGUCUUCAGUAAGUGAAUCGGGCCUGGAUGCCAAGAAAAUCCUGAAGUGUUGCAACGUUCCUGGAGAACAACUGCAACCUGCUCAGCAGGAGAGAGCUCCUCCAGAAGCCAAGGCUGCUCGUGUUGCCCUGAGCAGCCAGCAAGAUGCAGACGUGGUAGUGACAACCAAGGAUAUGUGGACUAUGACCUCUAUGAAUGACAUAAGCAAAGGCCUGAAACCAGCUCUGGAGCGGAGAGAUGCCGAGGUACAAACUCUUCCAACCAUGGAAUGCAAAUCGGUGUCAACAAGCCCAGCAGCUGCAGCAGAAGGUCACUCACAUGUGUUCCCAGAGGUGAACCUGGAGGCCUCCAAAUCUCCAGUUCGUGAAGUGCGAUGGGAUGAUGAAGGAAUGACAUGGGAAGUGUAUGGGGCAUCUGUGGAUCCAGAAGUCCUCGGGGUAGCCAUUCAAAAACAUCUCGAGUUUCAAAUAGAACAGUUCCAGACAGAGCCUGCUGCGGCAGCUGAGAAAAGUAAUGAGGAGCCACCGCCUGGAAAACCUGGGAAAAAAAAGCCUUUCAGAACAAUGAUGCAUUCCCUGAGAUAUCCAAGCUGUUGUGCUCGCUCCAGUACUGCAGUGGAGUGAGCCUGCCUGGAGGGUGUAGGAUAGCUGUGCUGUUUUUAAGCUGUACAUAAAUGCUGACUCUUAAGUGGUAACACAGUGUGUGUGGACAGCCCACAUCAGGAUGAGUGGGAAAAGUUCAGUGAUCAUCAAAUAUACAUUAAAGCAAGGAAAAGUCCAUGGCUGGACCAUAUAACAGAGGACACAAGAUUAUACUUAAAUAAUGCCAUCCAAAUGCUCUUGACUGUAUUUAAUGUAGCACUCUUUUCUUCUGUGUUAGUUUUAAACUGUAUUGUAAGGAAUGGAACUUCUUUUUUAAUGAUACAUCUUUUUGAAAUAAUGGGGUUUUUUUCUGUACUUUAAUAACUUAGGGUUAGAAAACAACGUUUAAAAAUUCUGCUUCAAUCAAAGUUAUUAGCUUUCAAUCACGUUCCCUUACAUUGUUUUGGCAGCUGUUUUGCUGUUAAUUUAAUAAUCCUGACUAUAAGCCCACUUUAACUGUAGACAAAAUAACAAACUAGAGUAAUGUUCUGUGACAAAGAAUUGUAACUUUUUUCUACAUAACUGUGAAGUAAUUUCAGUGUUGCUAGUCUGAACUCUUCCCUUAGCAAGCUCACGUACUGCUGGAGGACACUAUCAUCUUUCCAGUUAGUUUGUAGUUACGAUGAAUUACACUCUAAAUAUCCAGAAGUGAUGUUUACCAGGUGAUUGACACAAAUGUACAGUAUUACCAAAGAUGACUGAUGUAACGUGGAUUACUUACUGAAUGCUUGUUUUAGAGACCUGAAAUGGCAGCUGUUCAGAUUAGUCUGUGGCACCACCAUACCCUACCACUCACGAGCAGCUUUGGUUUGCUUAUAUUAAAAGAAAUUUCCAGUGAGUUCUUUUUAUGUGCAUCUAUCCUGAGCAGUGGAUGUUUGGCUCUUGCAUAAGCCACAGGGGACAGUUUGCACGUAACCUUUGCCUGUCUCGUGUUCCCUCUCUGGUCUGACGUCAGGCGUCUGCUGCAAGUGACACCUUGUGUCUUCCCCAAAGGACAGUCCUAAGGUUAUUUUGAGUGCCUUGGUCAUUUGGGCAGCUUAAAGAUUUAUUUUCUUCUAAAAACAACUUCGCAAACAAGUUUUCAGUGAGAAACCUGUUAUGAUAGUGAAAUGCACCAUAGUGCAGGGCCUGUUUGAAGUGAAAGGUUUCUCAAGGAAGCUGAGAAUACUAUUUCCAGUGUCAUAUGUGCCUUUGGUGAAUGCCUAAGGUUCUUCAGAAAGAGAUGUGCAAUGUUUUGGGUUUGUUGUUUUUUUUUUUUUUUUUUUUUUUUUAAUGAGAGGGAAGAGAAACAUUCAUUUCUGACUCAAAGGUAAAUUUGCAGUGUCCGAGAACUUACUGCUGUGGAAUUACCCACUCUUGCUUUAAAUAUGCGUGCUUGUGCUUUGUUGGUUUGGUUUUUGUUCCAGUAAGUUAGCAGACCGUUGCCACAAUGUUCACCUGACAUUUGCAUAUCAAGAGGAACCCCUGGUGAUUAGGACAGCUUUAAACAUCCUUAAAUGUAGGACCUCCUAGCUGGAAUGUCCUGUGAUGCAUUAAUUUAAUCAUGUAGAGUAAUUUAAGAUCAAACUUUCACUCCAGGGCAAAGUGGGAUUUAACAGAGCUGGCUCCUGUGAAAUUCACUUUGUUUCAGGAGGCUUCAUUCAGACCCUGGGACUUUGGCCUCAAAGAAGUCUGAGCUCAAAAUGACUUUUAUACAAACCAAGUGUGAAACCACUGGAAUAUAAUGCCUUACUCAGGAUGACUCAAUAGCUGUGAGCAUCUAAGUUCUGAUAAUGAUUCUGGAUGUUAAAAUUCCUUUUAUUGAAGCUUUAAUAGGAGUAAGGGAGUAACUAAAUAAAAUUACUCUCCUGUUAUUUAGAGUUUAUCUAAGCAGUUUCUAUGUGAGCUUAUUGUCCAGAAUAUUGAACAUUGAUUUUUUUUCCUUUCUUCAAACAUUACACUUUGAGAAUUUUAAGUACUAUAGCAGUCUGAAGCCUUGUGCUGUCUUAGCUUGUCCUUGGCUGUGCAGAAUUGAAGAUUUGAAGAAUCAAACUAAAGCUUUAAAGCAGCAAGAGCACCUUCCUCCCAUGGCCAUUGUAAUCCAUACUUUAUUUGACAUGUGGAAAAUAUGUAUUCUCCUUCCCACCCCUGCCAUUCCAAGCACCUCUCCAAAAUAAUGCCCCCAGGAUGCUGUAGGAAGAUGAUAUAAUAAAACCAGUAUUAAACUGGUCAGAAAGAGAGAGUUUGCAGAAGGGACUGGAAUAAUACAGCAAAGUCCCUGGAAUUCUUUGGCUGUUGUGCUACAAAACCUGGAAGCAUUCUUGUAUUUCACACAAUUCUGGUGUCAAUUACUUAUGGUUUAUACAUUGGUGUGACUUGCUACUACAGUCCUAAACAUUGAUUAUCAUUCCUGGAUAAGAAAAAUAAAUUACAAUAAAGGCAAA